GAUAUAUAUUUAAAACAAAAGAUAUUUUUUUAAGUGGUGGAACAAACCUCAACGACAUGGAAGAAAAAUCUGUGGACCCGCCACCAUAUUCUGCGACGCCGAAGCUUAAUCAUCAGCAUCCACCAGCGCCAGUCGCUACCGUUUCUGGUGAAGCGAUCGUCCAAACCCCUAUCCAAACAAACGCAGUUGCAUCUGCAAUGGUCAACCCACCCGUUGGGCCGAACCCUUGCCAUAUGACAUGUCGUUCUUGCGGAGCAAAGAUUGUAACCAGAAUGGAAUUUAAUCCAACAACAAAAACUCACUUAAUGGCAUUAUUUCUUUGUUGCUUCGGGCUCUGGUGCUGUGUUUGUCUUCCAUAUUGUAUGGAUUCCUGCCAGAACGCAGACCACUACUGUCCUAAUUGCAACGCGUUCAUUGGAGUGUACUCUUCCUAGCAGUUCUUUAUUUAGAGAAGCACUCUGGUCUUCUUAGACCAAUAUCUGAUAGUGUUAAAGCAUAGUGUCAUAAGACAAGUAGGUGUGGUAACUUUAUUCAUACGUAGCAGCACGGCUUAUAUGUGUGCACGCCUGCCGCGCGGUGUGUACGGACACACACAUUCGCUGAAUAAUGAAAGGUGCGUUGGGACAAGACAAGCGAGUGCAUUGCAAAAUUAUGCAAAUGUAUGUAUUCAUACACGGCUUGCGGCGAGCGCGCACACAUACAAACCACGUUGCUACGUUUAUAUGGAUGCACGAUUUUUGCUUUAAAUUUUUGGAUCGUAAUGGAUCGUAUGCUUCCAAUUAAUUUCGAUAAAAAAAAAUUUGCAGCCUUUGUGGCUUCAGUCGGUAACGACUUUCAUUUAGAGUGAUAUUAGCCAGUGAGAAAAGAUGUUCAGACGACACAAAAAUAGGGACAAUUAUCGUAAGCUUAUCUGUACUUAGAUGUUGCCAAAACCGCUUUUCUUACAGGCCAAUAUAAAAUAACAUUAGCCUUACGAUUCAAUAGGACUCCAGAAAGAGACUGUUUUGUUUAAAUUAUGAAUACGAUCUAGAUGAUUCAAUUUGCCGUAAUGUUAUAUCGAUACAAAAAAAUGGGUAGAUUGUAUACACUUGAAUCGAUCUUCUUAAAAAUCAAAUCGUAAUGUGCAUCCCUAUACCAUAUUCGUCUCAUUACACCAUGGUUAAAGUCACUUCUGGAUCCUGAAAUCAGGACGCUGGUAUUGACGGCAAUGUAAAUAUUAACCCUAAAAGAUAUUGUU